CGGGGGGAGGAGGAGCAGCAGCAGCAGCGCGUAGGGUCGUGAGAAGCAGCGGCAACCCGGCUGCCCCGGCCGGCGCGCGCCAUGGCGAAGGAUGAGUGCAAGGCGCUGCUGGACGCGCUGAGCAAAGUGACGGCCUGCUACCGGCACAUGGUGCUGACCAUCGGCGGCACCUCGGACUCGCAGAACCUGCGCGAGGAGCUCAAGAAGACCCGGCAGAAAGCCCAGGAACUGGCGGUGGCCAACCGCAACAAGCUCACGGCCGCCUUGCGGGACAAGACGGUGAGCAAAGAGGACAGGGCGGAAUUCGAGCGGCUUUGGGUCCUCUUCUCCACCUGCUUGGAGAUCCUAGAGACCGACAUGCGGCGCGCCCUGGAGCUGGGCCAGGAGUUCCCCCUCAACGUACCCAAAAAGCCGCUCAUCCAGACGGGGAUGAGCGGCGGCACCUCCGGAGUGGCCGCCCGGGCCAUGAGCGUCCAGAACAUGAAAUACGAGGCGGACAACAACAUCGACGUGGUGGAUUUGAAAGACCUGGAGAAUGAGAUCAACCAAGUGGGGGAGAUGAUGUACGAGAUGGAGAUGAAAGUCAGCGUCCCGCAAUGGACGGUGGAGGCCAAGCAGGACCCCGGGGCGGAGCUCAAGUCCACCAUCAGCGUGGGCGCCUCCUCCAUCGGCAUGAUCGAGGUGGAGGAGAGCAAGGCCUUUUGCGAUAUCAGCAAAGUGCUGGCCGGCAUAAUCUUCACGGCCGUUCUCCUCAUCGCCAUCAUCCUGGCUGUGUGUGUGGCAAAGCUCUCCUAAAGUGGGGGAUGUCAGGUCCAGGAGAAGAGUUUGGCUUUUCUUGAUGAGGGAGAAAAAGGAGAGGCGUUUGUUCCCCCAGAUUAUGGGUGGCGGGAGCAGGCGAGUAUGAGAUGGGAUCCCUGUGCUGGAAUGAGGGGCAGGGGACGUGUUCUGUUCAAGUCCUAAGCCUGAGGAUUUGUGCGAUAUUCUAGCUUUAAAGAACAGUCCAUCUAAGGUAUGUGGGUAUUACAACUCCCAGCCAUAGUAGGGAUUUGUUCGCUAUUUAUAGAUGAUUAUUCUCAGUAAGCAGAAAAAAGUAUUGUUUGUGAGUAGAUUCUACUGCUGGUCCAUGUUUACAAACUGCUUACAAAUUGCACAUGAUUUGGAGAUGGGAAUUAAUUCAGUGGCAAAAUGGAGACACCUAUAAAUUUACAUAUAAUUUCCUGCAAACAUAAAUGAUGUUGUGGUCCUGAGCUGAGGAUUUGUUUUCUCUCUC